UAUUCCAUUGCACCACACACUCAUAUUGGUUUUGCUAUAAAGGCACCACUUCUAUUACCAAUACCCUUCAUUCUAUAACCACCAAUUGUGAAUACAUUCUUCUUCUUCUUUUUUGUGUGUUUACUUUCUCUCAUCACAUACAUAACCAUGGCUUCUGAGACUGUUGUCCUAAAAGUAAAAAUGUCAUGCCAAGGAUGUGCUGGAGCAGUCAAUAGGGUUUUGGAAAAAAUGGAAGGUGUAGAAUCAUUUGACAUUGAUUUGAAGGAACAAAAGGUUACUGUUAAAGGAAAUGUAAAGCCACAAGAAGUUUUCGAGACUGUUUCUAAAAGUGGAAAGAAAACUGAAUUUUGGGUGGAUUCUGAAAACAAGACCAUAGAAACUGAAUCUGAGAACAAACCUUCAGAAGCUGAAGCUAUUCCCUCUGUUGAACUUGAUAACAAGCCUUCAGAGAAUUCUAAUGUUGUCUCUGUUGAACCUGAAAACAAGCCUUCUGAAAUUGACAAUGUUGUUGCCUAAGAUAUUUGUAGUUCUAUUUCUCUUAGGAAUUAGUCUAUUUUAAUUUUAAUUGUUCUUUGAUGUUUACAGAGUUGUGGUAAUAUUUAAGCUACAAGUACUUUCUUAUUUUGCACUUGUGAUGAAUUUUUUUUUUUUUUUACCAGCGUGCUUUAAAUUUGAAUGUAACUGUUCCCUAUUUCUAGUUACUCAUGUUUCUCUAUAUUCCUUUA